AUGACCACGACCGCCGUCUCUGCCCCUGGCAAAGUCCUUCUCGCCGGCGGAUACCUCGUCCUCGACCCUGCAUACUCCGGCGUCGUCGUCUCGACGAGCGCGCGGUUCUACACGACCGUGCGCGACCUCGAUGAGGCGGCGAGCGUCGCGGCCGCGAAGGCGGACCGACCGAUUGAGAUCCGCGUGCGAUCGCCCCAGUUCGUGAACGCAACCUGGAUCUAUUUCGUGGUCUUCGACGGCGAGGCCGUGCGGGUCGAGCAGGUCGCAGACAUCGCGUCCUCGACCUCCUCCUCGAAGAACAAGUUCGUCCACCUUGCGCUCCAGCGUACGCUCUCCCUGGCACUCGAAGCUCGCGGCGCCGGUGCCCUGCAGAACAGCCUUUCGUAUGGCCUCGACAUCACCAUCGCCGGCGACAACGACUUUUACUCGCAGAGGGCACAGCUAGCAGCGAAGAGCCUCCCUCCCACGCUCGCAUCUCUCGCACAGCUCCCGCCCUUCGCCCCGACCGGCGUACAGCUCGCUGACGUGCACAAGACGGGGCUCGGCUCCUCCGCGGCACUCAUCACCUCGCUCGUCUCGAGCCUCCUCGUCCACCUGCGUGUCAUCCCUUCAGAUUCCUUCGCAGGCGACGCAGAAGGCGGGACGGUGUCUGCGAGCGAUGGCCGCAAGCUCGCGCACAACCUUGCCCAAUAUGUGCAUUGUCUGGCGCAGGGCAAGGUAGGGAGCGGGUUCGAUGUCUCCGCGGCAGUGUUUGGGAGCCAACUGUAUACGCGGUUUGACCCCGGAGUCAUCGCUCCGCUCAUGUCCGACAAUGUGACUGUGAAGCUGCUCCCGACGAUCUCGACCUCGAAUAAGGAAUGGAAUCAUCGCGUGGAGCCGUUCAGGUUGCCGCCCCUGACACGACUGAUGCUGGCUGAUGUCGAUGCUGGGAGCGAUACCCCUUCUCUAGUCGGGAAGGUGCUGAAGUGGAGGAAAGAGGACAGCGGGACAGCGAACGACCUCUGGAAUGCCUUGGACAAAGUCAAUCACGCAUUCAGCAAAACGCUCCUGACGCUGUCCGACCUCCACGCGCAAGAUACAAAAACAUACGCGAAAGCAGUCAAGUAUUUAUCCACUCUGCAGACAGUCCAGUGGCUCGUCAAUCCGAACAUCUCGGGUGGUGACCAAGAGAUUAUGGAGGCGUUCGCGCAAGCACAUCAGUAUUCCGAGGACGUACGCGCCAAGAUGCGCGAGAUGGGCACCCUCUCGGGCGUUCCGAUCGAACCGCCAGAACAAACCGAGCUCCUCAAUGCCUGUGUCUCCGGCGCUGGCGUUAUCGGCGGGGGCGUCCCUGGAGCGGGUGGUUACGACGCGAUCUGGCUCCUCGUCCUCGAUCCAGAGAUCUGUCCGCCGGAGGAACUGCCCUCCGCGCGGGUCGAGCGUGUCUGGGCGGGUUGGAAGGGGCUGGACGUCUCGCCGCUUUCCGCGUCAGAGAGCGUCGCGAAAGGCGUGCGGCUAGAGGACGUGGCUGGCGUGAAGGGCUUGAAGGAUCUCGUCGAUGCUCCGUGGUAG